AUGGGGAAUCUCUCCAACGGAGACCAUGGGGAAGGUAAGUACUGUUUGCCCUCUCAGCUCACACUCAAUAGAGGUUGUCACUACCCUAGUGGAUGUGAUUUUUUUAAACACAGAACUCAACUUAAAAAAAAAACAAAACAAGAAGAACCCAGCAAUAGAGCAAUGUGUCCCUCAACGGUCUCUUUUCAUCCCCAGAUUAUCUUUUACGAGGACAAGAACUUCCAGGGCCGGAGCUAUGAGUGCGGCAAUGACUGCACGGACCUUCAUUCCUACUUCAGCCGCUGUAACUCCAUCCGGGUGGAGAGCGGCUGCUUCAUGAUCUACGAGCGACCCAACUUCAUGGGCCACCAGUACUUCAUGAGAAGGGGCGAGUACCCUGACUACCAGAGGUGGAUGGGUUUCAGCAGCUGCAUACGCUCGUGCCGGAUGAUUCCCGUGUAUCGAGGCUCCUACAGAUUGCGGAUCUACGAGAAGCCCGACUUCAGCGGUCACAUGAUGGAAUUCAUGGAUGACUGUCCCUGUGUGUCUGAUCGUUUCCAUCAUCGCCACGUUUACUCUUGUAAUGUUAUGAAUGGCUUCUGGAUCUUUUACGAGUACCCCAAUUACCGAGGCAGACAGUACUUCCUAAGGGCUGGGGAGUACAGGAGGUACCGCGAUUGGUGUGCCACCUGCGCCAUCGUUGGAUCCUUCAGGAGGGUCACCGAAUUUUAGCCAUGAAGCGAAACCUUGCUGGCUGCUCAGAAAGCUUUGGGCAGAAGUGACUAAAAGCUUCACCAUGUGGAAUUGAAGCCAAUCCGGAGCUGGUUCCAAGAUUUUUUUAUUUAUUUAAAAAUUGUACAGUUCUGGAUUUUUCUUGCUGUUCCAGUUAAGAAAAAGGAAGUACCUUUCACAAUAA